AUGCCUCCCAGACUUGACAAAGCUCGGGGACUUGAACGCCGUCCCAUGGCAUAUCAAGUUCGCCUUCCCAAUAUUCAAGUUCAACAACCGACUUUCAAGAAGCUAGCCCCACAAGCAUCCCAGAACUACAAGAAGGUCUCUCGACCAGCUGCAUUCCCCCCAGCACCACCACCGCCGGCUAGCACAAUGACAUCUCUCAUCGCUAACACCUCUCCUAAAUACUUAUAUGUUCGCGACUGCGUCUGCUGCCCUGUCGGAACCACAUCUCACACCAUCGGCGGCAUGGUCUUGAAAGUUGUCUUUCAGCCAGGCUGCGAGAAAUGUGCGAAUUGCACUUGCAAGCUGGUAGAGGUGCCUCAGGAUCAGCCAAAUCCGUGGAAACUUUUCUGGGAUCUCAAUGUUGAUUGUGGAUAUUGUCAUGCAACUGGAGAGAAUGUUGAGCAUGAGAGUAUGGUGAAGGAGGAGAAGAGUUUCGACAGGAAGAUUUGGGAGGCGUUUGUGUACACUGAUGGCGCUGAUGGCGCUGAUGGGUUCAUUGGUCCUGCAGAUGUGGGAGGACAGAAUCUUGACGUUGGCGCGGCGGGUGCUGCUUAUUUGAACGAGGUUACUGGCCUGGGUGUGGCUACUAGUUUGAACGGGGUUACUGGUGACUUCGACGGUAUCUCUAUUUUGACUGAGGACCCCGAGAACGACCCAUUUGCAACCUAUUUUGCAGAGACUGGACCUGUGGUCCUUACGAAUAGCGGAUCUGAUGAUGAGCGUUGGCUCGAUUCUGAGGACAGUGAUACCGAGAUUGAGAGUGUCAAAGUAGUUGAUGUUGUUAUCGCUGGGGGUGGGAUAAAGUCAGAGAAGCAUGUGAAUCAAAGAGGGGUGCGGCUUACAUGGAAGGGCUUAUAUGGUGAUUGGCGGGGUUUGUUUGGGUAUUGA